AUGUUCACUUGCACCACCCUGCCUCGCCUCCGGUCCUGCGCCAGCAUACGCGUAACCUGUCGUCCCGGCCCGGACGAGGCCGAGGUCUCGCGCAUCUUAAACCAAGACAAAGGGGCGUACACCCGGCGCGGGGCCAACGGUUCGGGCUUCGAGCAGUAUGAUGGCGUACGCAUCGCAUCUAAUGGCCCAACCGAGGACUUUUUCGUGCACGGCAUGUUUCCUUCGCCGCUCGCGGGCGGUGGAGGAGGCAAUUGGAUGGCGUGGGGUGUAUUUGAUGGGCAUGCGGGGUCGCAGACGGCGGAGCAUUUGACGAAGCAGCUUCUGCCGUUCGUAAGGCAUUCAUUACAAGAUGUCACCCGAUCGAUUAGUCCUAGGGUCCAAGAAUCAGAGAAUGCACCAGUGGAGGCCGUUCAGUCGGCCAUCAAGAACGCGUUUGUCGCACUGGACGAUGCCAUCAUCAAUGGCGCCAUCGAGGCCGUGCGAAAUGACGAGUCGUACCAGGAUAAGGUCAUGAAACUUGCAAUCGGUUACGCCGGCUCAUGCGCCCUGCUCUCGUUGUUCGACCCCGACACGAAAACCCUCCACGUUGCAUGCGCAGGCGACUCCCGAGCUGUGCUGGGGCGGAAAGGGGCCGAUGGAACAUGGGAGACCGUCCCGCUCUCUGUCGACCAGACUGGAGCGAAUGAAGCCGAGAUCGCACGCAUCAACGCCGAACACCCCGGGGAGGAGGGUAUCUGCAAAAACGGCCGAAUGCUCGGACUCAUGGUGACGCGGGCUCUGGGAGACGGGCGUUGGAAGUGGACUAAUGAGUUCCAGAAGGAAGUUACGAGCGCGUAUAAUGCACCUGCUCUCAACGCCAAGUAUCCGAUCAAGACACCGCCAUAUCUUAUCGCUGAGCCGGUUGUCACGUCAACCAAGAUCAAUACCGAGCAGCCAACCUUCCUCAUCAUGGCUUCGGAUGGGCUGUGGGACCGAUUGUCUAGUGAGCAGGCAGUUGGGUUGAUUAUCCAGUGGUUAGACUGGAGGGCAAAGGGGAAGCCCCUGUCCCAAGGACCGGAGAAACAAUAUGCUCCGUUCGACUUGCAGAGGUAUAGCUGGGAGACGGAGAAUCCGAUCAAGUUUAGGGAAGAGAGGACUACGAUACAAGACGACAAUGCGGCGGUUCACCUGGUGAGAAAUGCACUGGGUGGUAAUAACCAUGAGAUGGUUGCUGGAACACUGGUGUUUGGUCCGCCGUUUAGCAGAUAUGUCCGUGACGACAUUACGGUACAGGUUGUUAUUUUCAAGAGUCAAUGA